GCUGCAUAAAUAAACUUCACAGUAAUUUUCAUAAACAAACGUCACAUAAAUAUUUGAAAAACUGCGUAGGAAAGUUACUGUAAAGUGCAAUUAUUCACGUAAAAUUAGAAGGUUAUCUAAUUUUUAGCAAAGCAAUUACCACCCUUGAAAGAGUUACGGUAUUACAGUUCAAAAUAUUACACGUUCGUCACAGUUACAAAAAUAAUUCCUGUCCACAAUGAUGACGGACGGCCAACCGCUCGUAUUAGUAGAAAGUGAAUUUAGUUUUCGACAAGGCGAAUGCUUCGAUACGUACGAGCUGUUUCUAGCCAAGUUAGAAAAACAUAGUGCUAAUGAUCUUGUGUACUACUGGCGACGAGAUUCGCGAACCAUCGGAGGGGCGGCCCUUAAAACCGCCCGCCCAAUCGCUGAUGUUCUUCGCUACUACUCGGUGCGAUAUUCCUGCAUUUUUGGUGGGCAACGUUUUGAAACUAAAUCAACUGGAGUUAAGAAAAUGCGCUCUUCGAUGCGAAAUGAUUGUCCAGCCUUCAUAGCUCUGCGUGCAUCCAAAUGUGGACAACAGCUUGUGGUGAUGGCCGUAUCGAACGUUCACAACCACGAGAUCAGUCAAGAACUAAUCAAAAAUUUGGCCCACAAAAAGAAGCUUUCUGCGGAACUGAAGGAGGAAGUGAUGAUGCUUCUCUUCCAUAACAUCGACAAAAAGCUAAUUCGAGAAUAUGUUUACCUGAAAGAAGGUAAAGAUCUUACUACGAAAGAUCUAUUCAACUUAGCGGCAUCGUUGCGAAAAAUUCCUCGCUUUCAGCAAUUGCUGACAGCUACGAAAACAACUGCCGAAUUAGCAACUGAGUUGACGCAAUACAUACAAGAUAAGAAAACUGAUCGACUCGCUAUAGAACCGGAAAAUUUUCAACCAGUAUUUGAACCUAUUUACAAGUCAGAAACAUUUGAAGAACACCUAGAGGAAGACAUGAACGAUGAGUUGUACGAAACACACUCGACGCCCUCAGAGUUAGCUGAGGAUGAUGUCGAUUUAGCUCCAUCAUACACCGCCAAGGCGGAGUAUGUAUUUGAUGAGGAAGACGACAUGCCAGCAGAACCAGUUAAAAAUGUUCUAAAUGUUGAAAAAAGAAAACGCACAAGAUGGAAAUCUACAUCCUGUUUUGCCUGCGGCUCUAACAAUCGGCUAGUGAAGGCUAAAUUAGAUGUUCUUCGAGCUCGCAGGGAUAAAAUUCGACAGCAAACUGAGAUACUUCGGCUGGAGAAGCAAAAGCUGCAAUUGGAAUUGCAGAUAAUGCACAAAACUUUAAAAGAUCACAAAGUUUAAUGCUUAGAUUAUUAGAUAAUUAAUAAAACGAUUAUUAGAAGAUUUUA